GACAUCCUGAGCGCGCUGGCGUACCUGCACUCGCAGAAGCCGCCGGUGAUACACCGAGACAUCAAGCCGGCGAACAUGCUGCUGACGGGGGACGGGAGGACGGUGAAGAUCGGAGACUUCGGGCUCAGCCGCAUGUGUCCCAGCGUGAACCUGACUGGAGCGACGGGGACGUACCGGUACAUGGCGCCGGAGAUCUUCCGCGGAGAGCCUCGGUACACGGCUGCGGUUGACGUGUACUCGUUCUCGCUGGUGAUGUGGUAUAUGUUCGCCGGCGAGCAUCCCUUCUGUAACAUCGACGGGUGGUCGGUUGCUUUCAUGGCAGCCCAGUACGACUUUCGACCAGCAGUGCUUGGGGAGCGUAUGAUGCCGAGGGAGUUACAGAAGAUGAUGAGGCAGUCAUGGGCAGGGAGGGCAGCAGAGAGACCC